AGGUGGGGUCUGCGUGGCUGGCUGGUUGAUGACUGGCUGACUGACUGGCUGACUGACUGACUGAGUGGCUGGCUGGCUUGCUGGCUGGCCGGUACGUACACGCUCGUGCAUCGGACUGAUAUGUACGAGUACACGGCAGCACCAGUAGCCUGCCUGGCUGUCCUAUCGUUAUGUGCAGCAGCUGCCGCCCGGUUGUCCGAUCAGCGCGGCUUUCCGCACAGAGAAAGUCACGUAUGUACUUACACAGGUACAUGCCCGCGCAGAACGAAAAACAGAGUUUCCCGUAACACUGCAACUGCAACCGCAACCGUGCCACCGGGCGGAAGGUUAUGCGCAUGGCCCGGACCAUGCUGCGAACUCUCUCUCUGUCUUUUUUUACUUUCUUUUUUUUCUUUUCGGCUGCCGCCCAGUGCCACCUACACCGACGGCAUCCUUCCUCCCGAUCCAACGUCACGUCGUCGUAUGUCUCUCGGACGCUGAUUCUCGCCCACCCGCGAUAGCCCAAAGGCUAAUAAAAGAGUGUACAUACCUACCUCAUACCCACAUACAUACGGCUGCCGCCUGCUUGCUGCUGCUGCUGCUGCUGCUGCUGCUGCUGCU